UCCAUCAGGUCGAUGCUCGAGGCUGCUUCUCUUAAACUUUUUAAUUAAACACUUUUGAUAGACCGGAAUUCAUUUUCUAACUUUAUAAUUCGUUGUGAGUUAAGUUUGUCAACAGCUGUCACAACUUUACAACUGUGUGGUAGGUUUAGUGAGUGGAUGAAAUGUCUUUAGCCGGUGAGCUAACAUGCUAAAAGAGUGGAUCCAGCUCAGUCGGAGGUCAGCGUGCAGGUAGCCGGCGCAGCUGCACCUCAGAGCGGGGAGGGAUGCUAGCACUGCUCGGUAGAUCUCUGCUUAGACCCGGAUUACAGCAGCGGCUCGGGGUCAUUCGGAGGUGUUUCUGUGCGGCGCAGAGUGACCAGUGUCUGGCUGACAUUCCUCCUCCUCCACCGCAGCAGGCAGACAUGAACCGGGGGCAGGUCCGGGGUCAGAUCCGGAGGGUCCUCUGCGUGGCCGAGAAGAACGAUGCGGCUAAAAGCAUCGCAGCCAUCAUGUCUGAUGGCAAUGCGAGGAGGAGAGAAGGGAUGUCAAAGUUCAAUAAAAUCUACGAGUAUGAAUAUAAUCUCUUUGGCCAGGAUGUGACGGUAACAAUGACCUCGGUAUCUGGCCAUUUACUGGGUCUGGAGUUUAAAGCACAGUAUCAGAAGUGGUACAGUUGCAGUCCUGUGCUGUUAUAUGAUGCUGAGGUAGAGAAGUACUGUCCAGAUAACAUGAAACAAAUCAAGCGGACACUAGAGAAAGAGGCGAGGCAGUGCCAGGCUUUAAUCAUCUGGACCGAUUGUGACCGAGAGGGAGAAAACAUUGGCUUUGAAAUCAUAGAUGUCUGCAAAGCAGUGAAGCCAAAUAUGCAAGUGUUACGGGCAAAGUUUUCUGAGAUCACCCCCAACUCCAUCCGGAGAGCUUGUGAGACGCUAAUCGAGCCGGAUGCUAACGUUAGCGAUGCUGUCGAUGUGCGUCAGGAGCUGGACCUGCGAAUAGGUGCGUCCUUCACUCGCUUCCAGACCAUGCGCCUGCAGAAGACCUUCCCUCAGUCUCUGGCCAAUCAGCUGAUCUCGUACGGCAGCUGUCAGUUUCCCACUCUGGGCUUCGUGGUGGAGCGCUUCAAAGCCAUCCAGGCGUUCAUACCGGAGACUUUCUACAAGAUCAAAGUGCUGCACGACGUGGAGGAGGAGUCUGUGGAGUUCAGUUGGAAAAGAAACCGUCUCUUCCACCACACAGCCUGCCUGGUGCUCUACCAGAUCUGCAUGGAGGAUCCCAUAGCAACGGUCUCCUCAGUAACCAGCAAACCCAAGAGCAAGUGGAGACCGCUGCCUCUGGACACUGUGGAAAUGGAGAAACUUGCAUCUCGAAAGCUAAAAAUAAGCGCCAAAGAGACGAUGACAAUUGCAGAAAAGCUCUAUACCCAGGGGUACAUCAGCUACCCUCGAACAGAGACCAACAUCUUCCCAGAGAACCUGGCUCUCGGCCCCCUGGUGGAGCAGCAGACUCACAGCCAGGCCUGGGGGGGGUUCGCUCAGCGGGUGAUGGAGCAGCCCGGGGGUCCCAACCCUCGACAGGGAAAGAAAUCUGAUCAAGCCCAUCCCCCCAUCCACCCCACCAAGUUCGCCAACUCUCUGCAGGGCAAUGAAGGACGUGUUUAUGAGUUCAUCGUCCGGCACUUCCUGGCUUGUGUAUCCCAGGAUGCUUUGGGGCACGAGACCGUGGUGGACAUCACCAUCGCUCAGGAGAACUUCUCCGCCUCGGGACUCAUGAUCAUCGCCAGGAACUACCUGGACGUUUACCCCUAUGACAGGUGGAGUGCCAAGGUGAUUCCAGUGUAUGAGCAGGGCUCUCAGUUCCAGCCCUCUGCGAUCGAGAUGGCGGACGGACAGACGAGUCCUCCUCAGCUGCUCACUGAGGCCGACCUCAUAUCCCUGAUGGAGAAACACGGCAUCGGCACUGAUGCAACUCAUGCAGAUCACAUCGAGACGAUAAAGAGUCGCAUGUAUGUCGGUCUGACAGCUGACCUGAGGUUUCUGCCUGGAGAGCUCGGCAUGGGACUGGUGGAGGGUUACAACUCCAUGGGCUAUGAUAUGUCCAAACCUAACCUGCGUGCUGAGCUGGAGGCCGACCUGAAGCUGGUGUCAGAGGGACGGAAAGACAAACGCAGCGUCCUGCAGAACCACAUCCAGAAAUACAAAACCGUCUUCAUCGAGUCCUUCAGGAAGGCCAAGAAGUUAGAUGAAGCCCUGGCGCCAUAUCUGGGUGCCGCUCAGGUGAUCCCUGAAGAAGAGCAGCAGGACAUGGAGAUCCCGCUGACCGUCAGGAAGUGUCCUCAGUGCAGUCGGGACAUGGUGCUGAAGAGGAAGAGGGAGGGGAACAGUAAGUACCUGUCCUGCACGGGGUUCCCGGACUGUAAGACGGCGGUCUGGUUCCCCGACUCGGUGCUGGAGCUCAGCAGAGACGACAGCGUCUGUCCCACCUGUCGACCGCACCCUGUUCACAUGUUGCAGUUCAAGUUCCGUAGGGGCAGCCUCCCUCCCAUGAUGCCUUUAGAGUUCGUCGGCUGCAUCGGAGGGUGUGACGAGACGCUCAGGGAGGUGCUGAACCUGAAGUACCUCAGAGGAGGAGGAGGACGAGGAGGAGGAGGAGGAGGAGGAGGAAGAGGAAGAGGAAGAGGAAGAGGAGGAGAUGAUCCCCGUCCUCCAGCUCCAAGGCCCCCGAGACCAGACCCACCCAGAGCCCCAGUUUCAACCCCUCGUCCCCCCGUCCCCGCCUGGACCCCGCAACCCGGACCCUCGUCGGGAAUUAGCGACGCCAUCGUGUGUAACUGUGGUCAGGACGCCGUGCAGCUGACGGUGCGCAAAGACGGACCCAACCAAGGCCGUCAGUUCUACAAGUGCAACGCCGGCACCUGCAACUUCUUCCUGUGGGCGGACGAGCCGGGCCAGCAGGGGGUCCCAGUGCAGCCUCCUCAGCCACCAAGACCCUCCCUGGGGUUCAGAAACGGACAGGCGGGAGGCAGAGGGCAGGACGGGGGAGUGGGGGGACAGGGGGGACAGACGAUGUGUAACUGUAACGAGGAGGCGGUGAAGCGCACGGUGCAGAAAGACGGACCCAACAAAGGACGCGUGUUCCACACCUGUGGGAAACCCAGAGAGCAGAGCUGCAGCUUCUUCCUGUGGGCGGACGAGAACGAACCUCCACCAGGAGGAGGAGGAGGAGGAGAAGGAUUUAACGGAGGAGGAGGUGAUGUUGGGGGAGACGGAGGGAGGAAAGGGAGGAAGACCUCAGCUAAAGACGCUACAAAACCUCCAGCUGCGAAGAAGCCCCGAACCUGUGGGAUCUGCCACAUGCCGGGACACACCCGCACCACCUGUCCCCAGCGGUGACCCCCCCUGUCCCCAGCGGUGACCCCCCCCUGCAGAGAGACACUUUGUAGAGGCAGGUUUUCACAUAUGCAACCAUAAGCACCUCUUUCAUGGACACGGAGCUCUUCUUCUUCUGUGGUUUCCCCCCAAAAAGCGACUCCAAAUGGUCCAGCAUUUUUCAGAUGCAUGCUACACGUUUUGAACUCUGUUUGAACUCUACCAGAAGAAAGGAGGAGUACGUUUAGACGUUUUCUAAAGCCUGCUUGGUGGUGUGCUCAGUUUCCUGAAUGUCCCUCGAGAGUUCAUGUGAAAUGUGCUCAGCUGACUCAAAAUGAACACGUCGUCUUUUGUUAAAUGUAUUUACAGUCCUGAUGAGAUCCUGACUCCUGAAUACAUGUGUUUUUAAGAAUUUGCACACAGUUUCUUAAUAAUUAACGGUGGUAUUAAUAUGUUUACUUUUGAUCAUUGUCACCGUCUCUUACAGCUGUUUAAAGUGGGUUGAUUCUUCAAGGUCGAAGAACAGCAGAAUGUGUUUAUAUUUUGUAAAUAUAAUGAGUGCAAAAGACUCUGUAGCUCUGAGGCAUCGUCAGUACCAAAGGUUUUAUUUGAAUAUUGAUGAAUGCUAAUAAAUAUACUAAAGCCUUCCUUGGUUUUUUUGUAUCUUUCCUGUCAGAGGUUGAGUUUCGGGCAAUGGUUUGGUUUUUCCUUUGUUCCACUGGUUUUGGUUUUGUUUUGAGUCUUCAACUUUGAUCCAGCUACAUUUUAGAAAUGAAACCAAAACCGAGAUGUGUUUCUUGCUACUGAACAUAAUAAACACAACACAUGACAUGA